UAGAGAUGGAGGUGAAGUGCUGCGCUGUGCUGGGCUGGGCUUUGGAGGCAUCCAGGAUUGGAGCCUGGACGAGAUGCAGUGGGAAAAGGUCACCGUUGUUGUACGGGUGCGUCCUCUGAGCCAGAGGGAGCAGCAGCGAGGCGACAGAGAAGUGGUGGUGGCUCACGACGGUGGUGAGGUCUCGGUGCUCCUGCCGCAGGGUGAGGGUCUGAAACGUCAGUUCCGCUUCUCUGCGGCGCUCUCCCCGCGUCACUGCCAGCAGCAAGUCUAUGACAGCUGUGGACUCAGCUCGCUGCUGCCGCUCACCCUCACCGG